CAUGGAGUCGGUUAGCCUGCUCCUCCGUUAGCCUGCUCCUCCCACGGCACUAACCCCUGCAUUCGUUAUGGUCCUCCCCCUUCUCCCCUGCUGAGCACCAGCCAGACCUCCCUUGACUACACCCGCCUUACAGGAGUUCACUUCUUUUGAUUUACCAGUCUCCUGCAGUUUCGAGUUCAAUUCGUUUGAAACAAAACCCUUUCAUCUCACUUCUCUUGCUCAUGGGAAGCAAGGACAUUUUUUCAGAGCAUCCACCUUUCUGCCAGGCAGUUUUUUCUUGAAAGAUUUGUACUCUCAAUCUCUCUGUCAAUCGUCACGGUGGUUCUUCCCAGCCCCACGAUGCUUCUCUGUGCAUAUCAGUUGUUAUUGUUUCAGAUCUGGUUACUGCUCGGUUUUCUGUUCCAGAUACUUGCCAUUUAUUGAAGCUCAUUCUUGCAGCUGAUAUAUUUUCAUUGGAGAAGAAAGUUAGGAAGGUGGAGGUAAAAGGGGAUAGAGUCAUGAAAGUUCAAGGCUUGGGGAUUUCAGGCCUAGUUAUUUCCUUAGUGUUUCUUUGCUUCUCCAUGAAUGGGGAGGCUCAGACAAAAGCCUUUUACAUAAACUGUGGUACAAAUUCCAGUUUAACUAUUGGUGGUAAAAAAUGGGUAGGUGACUCAGCCCCAGGAAACAAUUUAACCCUCAGUUCUCCUAGUAUUGAGGCCUCCACUUCCUUGAUCAAUGGAAACAAUCUCGAUUAUGCACCACUCUACAGAACUGCCAGAUUUUUUUCUGGAAGCCUUAACUACACAUUCCAAGCGCUGCCCAGAAAUUUUUUCCUCAGACUCCAUUUCUGUCCCUUUGAAUUUCAGAACUACAAUUUGAAUGAGUCUUACUUUACUGUCAAGGCGAACGGAUUGAGAUUAGUCUCCAAGUUCAAUGUUCCCAAAGAAAUAUCAGAGAAGAAUUCAUACAAUCCAGGCAGGAGCAAUUCUAGCUUUGUGUCCUUAGAAAAGGAGUACUUCAUCCCUGUGGAGACCGAUGUUUUUGUACUUGGAUUCAUCCCGGAUAAAGGGUCAUUUGGGUUCAUUAAUGCCAUUGAGAUUGUUCCGGUUGUUGAUAGGCUUUUCAUUGACAUUGUUAACAAUGUCGGUAAGACUGGUGGGAAGUCGUAUUUGAACUUGAGCAAACAAGGAAUUGAGACUAUGUAUCGGUUGAACAUUGGUGGUUCAAUGAUCAAACCCAUUCAAGAUUCAGUCUUUGGGAGGUCGUGGGAAGAAGAUUCAAUCUUCAUGAUCAAUCCAGACACUGGAUCAGAAGCCAAGAACAGAUCUAACAUCACUUAUGCCUCCCCGAAUGACACAUCCAUAGCCCCCCUUCUUGUCUAUGAAACAGCAAGAACCAUGACCAACACCGAAGUCAUGGAGAAGAGGUUCAACAUGUCAUGGAAAUUUGAAGUGGACCCUGAUUUCGAGUAUUUGAUCCGUUUACACUUCUGUGAGCUAGCGUAUGAUAAGCCGAGCCAGCGCAUCUUCAAAAUCUACAUAAACAACAAAACAGCAGCAGACAAAGUUGAUGUUUUCACACGAGCAGGAGGAAAGAACAAGGCAUACCAUGAGGAUUACUUUGACAUGGUGCCCUCAAAAAGCAACAGUCUUUGGGUGCAGUUAGGUCCAGACACAUUGGAAGGUUCCCCAGAUACAGAUGCUCUAUUGAACGGGUUGGAGAUAUUCAAGCUGAGUCACAAUGACAACCUUGCCCAUAUUGAGAAUUAUGGGGAUCUAGAAGCAAAAAAACACUCCAAAACUACAAUCCUUUGGUUGGCGAUUGGAAUUGGGACAGUGUCUAUUAUGGUUCUUGCUGGAAUUGCUUCGGUGGUCGCCUGUCUUUGUAAAAAGCAGAGAAGCAAAGAAGGAGAUGCGUCCAAGAAACUAGGAUGGAGUCCUUUAUUCCUUCAUAAAUCUAUAGUGAGCAGCAAUGGGAAUGUAAAAGGAUCAAAUUCUUUGUCCAUUGGAAACUUAAGAUCGGGGAGGCGGUUUAUGCUAACAGAUAUCAAAGAAGCAACAAACAACUUUGACGAGAGUUUGGUGAUCGGAGUGGGUGGGUUCGGAAAGGUAUACAAAGGGUAUAUAGAUGAUGGAAUCUUAGCAGCAAUCAAACGGUCCAACCCACAAUCUCAGCAAGGUCUAACGGAAUUUGAAACAGAGAUCGAACUCCUCUCAAAGCUAAGGCAUAGGCAUUUGGUGUCCCUUAUAGGGUUCUGUGAUGAAGAAAACGAGAUGAUAUUGGUGUACGAUUAUAUGUCUAAUGGGACCCUCAGGAGUCAUCUGUUUGGUAGUGACCUGCCACCUCUAAGCAUGAAAAAAAGACUAGAAAUCUGCAUAGGCGCAGCUAGAGGGCUGCAUUAUCUCCAUACUGGAUCAGAACGUGGAAUCAUUCAUAGGGAUGUUAAGACAACCAACAUACUGUUGGAUGAAGAGUUUGAGGCCAAAAUGGCCGAUUUUGGGCUCUCCAAAACGGGUCCUGCUUUGGAUCAUACACAUGUCAGCACGGCAGUGAAGGGAAGUUUUGGGUACCUGGAUCCUGAGUAUUUCAGGCGGCAGCAGCUUACGGAGAAGUCCGAUGUUUACUCAUUUGGAGUUGUUUUAUUCGAAGUUGCCUGUGCAAGAGCUGUGAUAAAUCCAAGCUUACCCAAAGAUCAGAUCAAUCUUGCAGAAUGGGCAAUGAGGUGGCAAAGGCAAAGGUCACUGGAAUCCAUCAUUGACCCACAGCUCAAGGGGAAGUAUUCUCCGAAAUCACUGGUGAUGUUUGGUGAGGUUGCUGAGAAAUGCCUUGCGGAUGAAGGGAAAUCCAGACCGACAAUGGGUGAGGUUUUAUGGCACUUGGAAUCCGUCCUGCAACUUCAAGAGUCUUGGCUGCAGUCUAAUGAUCAUGGGGAGAAAGAUGAAGAACCUGAGAAUAUAAAAAAUGAUAGUACUAUGAGCCAAGACACUACUUGUUUGGACAAGUCAACAAACACGGCGGGUUAAUCUUGUUAUAUCGCCGUUCAGGCUGGAAAAAAAUCAAACUUGAUGCAUUAGGGAGCUUGGACAUUGAAAAGGUUGGGACUAUGAUUGAAUGAAGGCAUUUUCGUCUCAUUGAUUAUUUUUUUUAUUUCUGUAGUUUAGUCAUUGUGUUUGCCUCUUCGAUUCUUUUAUUCUUUUAUCUACUUUAUUAUGUUCAUGGGAUGAGAGAUUGGUAAUUUGAUCAUCUAAGGUUCCACUGAUUGAAGAAGUAAAAAAAAACAAUUAUGGGUAUUACGUAGACUUGGUGCAUUUGAAUGCGAUCACCCAUUAUUUAAUCAUGAUAUAUA